AAGCAACUCAAAACUGCCUCAUCAUUUGUAAAUGACCAACAAAACAUAGCUACAAAGUAGAAGAUCAAAAGAAGCAAAUAAGAUGAAAAAACUUAGGUUUUUGCUAAGAGGAUUACUAGUCAUACUCAUCUUACUUUCAUGCUUAGCUAUAAAAAACGACGCGCAAUUCCAACAAUGCAGGAACGAGCUUCGAUUUUGCAUAAACUACCUCAACAACGACACAAGCCAACCUCCCGACAGUUGUUGUCAGCCUCUCGAUUAUGUUAUCAAGUCAAUACCCGAGUGUUUGUGCAGCUUGUUGAGUACUGUGCGUGGACAGUUAGCCGAGCAAUCGAGCAUCAGUAAUGUCUCGAGAUUAGCUCAAGCAUUGCCCGAUAGAUGUGGCCACUAUACCAAUCCACUAAAGUGUGUUGUUGGUACACCCGAUGGACGAUCGGUCGAUUUGGUUCCGAAUUCUGUUAGCUCCGAGUUAUGGUCUUCAAGCUCGAUUGCAAUUGUUUGUGGUGCUUUAAUAUUUCUCUUUUUACAUGGAUUUGCUAUAUAAUUAGAUGGUUUUGCUUUCUUUGUUUGAUUUUCAAUAUAUAUUGUUGUCUCUUAGUUUGG